AGACAGGUAUGUAUGUAGUUAGAACAGAGACUGUCCAAGACACAGAGAAAAUUUGUAGAAUAUUUACAUCAGCACCCAGAAUAACUCCUGCCACUACAGCAGAUACAGAUAUACUGGUACCCAGAGUUAGGAACAGAGGAACUUCCACCCCAAAGAAGCCAAAAAGGACGGCAACAAUAACAAGUAGUGACGGUCAAGAUCAUAUUUCAAAUGGACUAUAUGAUAAUGAAAUAUCUAGAGUGAGGCAUCUGUCAGCACCACAUUUUGGUGUUCAAGACAAAUUUGAUGAUAAUAUCACCCCUACUGCUUUGAGAAAAACAGACAUUCAUUCUCUUUAUUCAGAAAUGAAUAGUUUGUCUUUACCUGUGUAUUCCUGUGAAGGAAAUGUAGAUAAAAGCACACCUGUAGUUGGUCAUGUUAUAAACAGAGGCAAACAUAAAUCCAACAAAGACAGGAAUGGUGAGAGUUCUCCAAGACAAGUGAAAAUACAACCAUUUUCUGGUCAAGGUCAUUGCCUUGGAACAGGAUCUUCAGAAAACCAUAAACAAUUUGGUUUAACAGGUGAUAGAAGUAAAAACAAUGUACAAAGUGCAGCUGUAAAUACAUCAGUCAUAACUGGAAGGCCAGGAUUGGUAGGAGGUAUGUGGAACAACCAAAAUAAUUCAGAUGGAGGAGGAAGGAACAGUCUUUCAAAUGAGUUCAAAGCAGUUAUUAAUGAUGUAGAAAACUCAUAUCAUCAUACAGAUUUUGUUGAUUCUCAGAAUGAAGAUGAAGUUCUAAAAGAGAUUUUAGCAAAGAGCGCAGCAGAAGCCAGUUUAGUAACAAGCGAAGCAUAUUCCUUACCCAGGCAAACUGAGCUUGGCAUUCAUGAAAUGGUGAGUGCUGCAAGUUUACCAGAGGAAGAACAAUUAAAGCAUGUGCUUGAAAUUAGUAAAUCUCAAACAGGAAUUUUAAAAAAUACAAACAAGAUACAAGCUUCAGUUAAUAUCGAAAAAGACCUUGAUAAUCUUACUGAAGAUGAGAUGCUGAAGCAUGCUAUUGAAAUGAGUAUGGUAGAUGCUGACAAUGAUUUACAAGGAUAUGCUGAAACGUUAUUGCCUUCAGAUGAUACAGAGGAUGUUAUUGUAAUACAGGACACAGAAGAAGAUCAGGAAAAUACAGUUUCUAAAAUGAGUUUUAAAAGAACACCAAAGAAAAGAAAAAAUAAAAUAGAAAUAGAUGGACAAGAAAAAAAUACUUUUAAUAGAACUCCUUGUAAGAGAAAAAGAGAUAACUCUCCACAAAGUUGUGUAGAUCUUAUUGAAGAAAUGAGUGAGGAAGAUCAGUUGAAAGUAGCAAUAGAUCUGAGCAUGUCUCAGAUUAUAGAAGAGAAUAUAUGUUCAGAGAGGGAGACAAACACAAGAGACAAUAUAUCUGGCCCAGAUGAAAGGAGUAAGGUUGGAUCUGGGGCAAGCUUAAGAGUAGGAGUCAGUCCAUGUAAGAAAUACAAAUUUGAAAAAGAUAAUGUAGUCCCUGGAGACAAUAUAAAGAGAAGUAAUUUGCAAGAUGUUGUUGAAAUAAUUGACAUACCUUUGAAAAAGGAAAAUGAAACUUCAAGGAAUGCUACAAAGAGAAGUACAGAUAAAAAGGUGAAUGUAAAUGAGCAAGGGCAGAUUAACAAAAGUACAAGUGGACAAUGUACAGUGACAAAGAAUGGGUUGAUUCCUGUAGCAGAAAAUGUUAAUAACAUAGCCAAUAUUGAAGUGAUUGAAAUUGAUUCUCAAAAUUCUCAAGGAGAUGAAAAGGUUGAAGUUGAUCUUGUAAGUUCUUUUAAUUCAGAUUCGGAACUGGAAAAGAAUGCUUCAAAACGUUUGAUGUCUAUAGAAAAUGAGGGUAGCUGUGGUGAUAUAAAGUUAAUAACAGGUUCUACAGCAAUGUCUGAUCCUGGUGAAGAUGAAAGUUUAAAUUCAUGUGACACUGGAUUGUCCCUUAAAGACAAUAGUGAUAAUGCUGUUUGUGAGGAAACAGUUUCUACAGAAAUGUCUAAUCUUCAUGAAGAUGGAAAUUUGGUUUCAUGUGACACUCAAUCAUCUCUGAAAGACAAUAAUGAUGAUGUUGCUUUUAAAGAAAUGGCUGGUAUUGAAAGGUCAAAAGAUAUAGAAGACAGUGAUUUUAUACCCCCUUCACCAGAAAGAAACAGUUUGUUAAGUAAUUCUUCCCUCUCACAGUCUUUCUUUUCUAAAACACCUGAAAAUGUAGGUCAUAGAAUUCAAACUUUAGAAAUUGAAGUUGAGAAAACCUGUGACAAAUAUAUUUUACCCGAUGUGCCAACAAACGAUACAGUAUUUGAUAAUAUUAAUUCUAGUCAGCAAAAUUGUGAUGAUGUACAUGAGAACAUCACAGCAGAUGAAAGAAACAAAGAUUUUGAAAGGGGAAAUAAUGAGAAAUCUGGUGAUGAAAAGGAUAAGUUUGAUUUAAAGACAAGUUUAUUUUACCAUAGCAGUGAUUCAGAAUAUGAAAGUGAAGAAGAAAUGUUUGAUGAAAGUCAUGAUGAUUGUGUGGAUGGAAAUGAAGAGAAAGAAAAUGAGCAUUUGAGUGAAUGUACAAAAGUACCUGCUGUUAGUGGUAACACCUCUGACACAAGCAGUUCCCACAAGAGAGAAUACAGUAACUUAUUAAGUGAUGACAUUGAGGCUGAACAUGGAGCAGAAAGCAGAGAUGUAGAUAGUGAUUUUUUACAGACGUUUAAAAUAGAAAAGGAAACUAACAUUGAAGAGGUUGAUGAUAAUAAAUAUUGCAUUGAAACCUCAAAUAAAAAAACUGAUAGUGAAAGUUUAAUAAUAAACAAAACGAAGAAUAUAGAACCAGGAUUAGAAAUUAAGCAAGAAAAAGUUAUAAUGGCAGGUGAUGAAAACCAUGCAGAUAUGUACGUAGACAUUGAUGAAGUUGAUAAUCUAAUUGAUUACCAGCCAGAUUCACAAGAUAUUGAAAUGAUGAAAAGGGAAAGUGAUUCUGAAGAUGCUUGUUUUAGUGAUCUAGAGGAAAACUCUCAAGAGAGAAAUGAUCCUGAUUUUUUGCCAGUGAUAGGAAAACCAAGGAAGAUGAGAUAUAGGCAACUAAAAGAAGAAAGUGAACAGUUAUUCAUACAAAAAAGGAAGAAUAUGGAUUCAGAAAAGUUAAAUAGUGAAACCGAUAUAACAUGUAAAAAUGAGCAUGAAAAAUGUGAUCUGACGGCAGAUGAAUUGUAUGCAAGACAAGUACAGGAGGAUCUUGAUCGAGAAGCCAAUCAGCUUGAAGCACAGAGAGCAUUGAUAGAUGAUGCAUAUAUUGCACGGCAAUUACAUGAAAGUUUAAAUAAACAAACUUUAUCUAGCUAUCAGGAUAGACCAGUUAAUAAUGAACAAUAUGUACAGUAUGAACAGUUAAUCAGUACAUCAGUAAAUUGUAAUAGAGGAAAUGUGAGCCAUGUAAAAACAUAUGUGGAGAAGGAAUCUUUAAGGAAAGGUUUAGAUAGAGCACAUGUAGAAGGUAGUGUAGAUACUGUGAGAGGUGCAAGGAUUGGUAACUCGGAAGCUCUUGUCAGAGAAUUACAAAGGAGAGAAUUGGAAAAGAUUGACAGAUGGAAGAAAAUGUUAUUAGAAGAUGAAAAGUUGGCUAAAAGCUUGCAGGAUAUUGACAAGUUUAAUACAGAGGAGGAGAUAGGUAUGGUGUUAAAAUCAGAUAAAUAUAAUUACUUUUACUAUAAGACACUCAUAUUUCAAAGACAUUUAAGAGACCUUUUGUUAAUGGAGUGA